UGGGUGUGAUCACCCUUUGAUUGACCCGCACCCGCAUCCCUUUCCCGCAAGGCCGCAACACCGUCCGUCGCCGCCUCCGCCUCGCUCCGAUCCCCAUUCCGCGGUCGCCGCCCGAGUCAAAAAGAGGGGGAAGCUUCUCCCACCAUAGUCCUCCUCCUCCUCCUCCUACUCCCAUCAACGACUAGUCGCGGCGACCAAGAGCCAAACCCUACGCCUCCUCCCCUCCCCCUCCACCUCGUCCUCCCCGCGAGCGGCGGCGGCCAUGGAUUCCUCCUCCGGCGGCGCGGGCGGCGGCGGCGGCGCGCAGAUCAAGGGGAUGGGGACGCACGGGGGCCGCUACGUGCUGUACAACGUGUACGGGAACUUCUUCGAGGUCUCCUCCAAGUACGCCCCUCCCAUCCGCCCCAUCGGCCGGGGCGCCUACGGCAUUGUCUGCGCGGCUGUUAACUCGGAGAACGGCGAGGAAGUUGCCAUCAAGAAGAUUGGCAAUGCAUUCGACAACCAUAUCGAUGCCAAGCGGACACUGAGAGAAAUCAAGCUGCUUCGCCACAUGGACCACGAGAAUAUUAUUGCCAUAAAGGACAUAAUUCGCCCCCCAAGAAGAGACAACUUUAAUGAUGUUUACAUUGUUUCUGAGUUGAUGGAUACUGAUCUCCAUCAGAUCAUACGCUCAAAUCAACCAUUGACUGAUGACCACUGCCAGUACUUCCUGUACCAGUUGCUACGAGGGCUAAAAUAUGUGCACUCGGCAAAUGUCUUGCACCGUGAUCUGAAGCCAAGCAAUUUGUUCCUUAAUGCAAAUUGUGAUCUCAAGAUUGCUGAUUUUGGGCUUGCAAGAACCACUACGGAGACUGACCUCAUGACAGAGUAUGUGGUCACUCGUUGGUAUCGAGCACCAGAGCUGCUGUUGAACUGCUCGCAGUAUACUGCUGCUAUUGAUGUCUGGUCAGUUGGAUGCAUACUUGGUGAAAUUGUGACUCGUCAACCCCUGUUUCCUGGAAGGGAUUACAUUCAGCAACUAAAAUUGAUCACUGAGCUGAUAGGGUCGCCAGAUGACUCAAGCCUAGGGUUUCUUCGGAGUGAUAAUGCAAGAAGAUACAUGAAACAGCUACCACAGUACCCAAGGCAGGACUUCCGCUUGCGCUUCCGCAACAUGUCUGCUGGUGCAGUCGAUCUGUUAGAGAAAAUGCUGGUGUUUGACCCAAGCAGACGGAUAACUGUUGAUGAGGCUCUUCAUCACCCAUACUUGGCUUCUCUUCAUGACAUCAAUGAAGAACCCACCUGCCCAGCACCUUUCAGCUUUGAUUUUGAGCAACCAUCCUUUACUGAAGAACAUAUAAAAGAACUCAUCUGGAGGGAAUCCUUGGCAUUUAAUCCGGAUCCUCCCUACUAAGAGCUCAGAGCAAUUUAUCAAUGCUGGCAUCUGAAGAUCGGUAGCUCUAGAAAAGCCAAAUCCCCUUGCUUUGUGCAUCUAUUAAUUUUAUGCCCACUUGUUGGGCGAAUGAGCAUGGAUUAUUGUUAUAGUGACAAUUUUUCUUAAGGCCUGUCUAAAGAAACAACAUUUGUAUUCCUUAUCAGAUAGCCUGAACUUGGGCCUGUAUUAUACCGGUUGAUUGCAUAACUGUUCUUAUGUAUCUAAGCCUGUAAUUGUCUUCACAAUGGCUUGAACUGCCCGUGUAUAUCUGAGUUGACAUCUUCUCUCUGAUA